GUCAAACAUGGCGAAACUCUUUGCCAUCAUACCGCCACCCUCACCCUCACCAUCAUCCGCUUCAUCGCUAUCACCGUCUUUUACGCCACCGUCAUUAUCUUCACUGCUAUCAACACCAUUAUCUCCGGUACCGUGAUGACCCGGGAGGAUGGAGAAGUUGUCGGCGAGCCUGUCGGAGAUCACUUGGAGCCCGUUGGCGCUGCCGCUGGAUGCGGUGGUCAGCAAGUUCCGUCUGCCCACUCUGGUGCGCCUCGCCCACGGUGAAUGUGUGGAGGGUCUGUCCGAGGAGGAUGUGGUGCUUUUACACUCCUGUCGUCAGUGGACCACAGUGACCGCCCACAGCUUAGAGGAGGGACAUUACGUCAUCGGACCCAAGAUUGACAUCCCUCUGCAGUACCAGGGGAAGUUCAAGUUGUUGGAUGAGGACCGAGACGUCAGGGAUCCGGUCCAGUAUUUUGCCAGUGUGGAGGAAGUUGCUGGAGUCUUCCCUGACAGGGUCUUUGUCAUGGAGACGAUCACUUUCAGCGUCAAGGUGGUCUCAGGCGAGUUCAGCGAGGACAGCGAGCCCUACAGCUUCACUCUGCAGGCAGGAGAUGAGCUGUCACUCAUGGGGAAGGCAGAGCUUCUCUGUGCCACGCCCUCCAAGGAAAAGACGGGACUGAGCGCGCUGCUGAGACGCCUGGGGAAGACCCCUCGAAGUAAAACUCCCUGCCUGGUCUGCAUGAACCACCGCACCAAUCAGAGCGUCAGCCUGCCCUUUGGCUGUCGUGGACGCUUUUGCACACGCUCCCCUCUUGAACAAGGCAUGCUGGGAGGAGAGCACACGGUACGCAGCAUAAUCGAGAGGGUCCGCCUCCCCGUCAACGUCUCGGUGCCUUCGCGACCCCCGCGCAACACCUACGACCGCCACGCCGUCCGAGAGGGCCACCGCUACAAGCUGCUCAACAUCGUCAGCAAGACGGUGGUGCUCUGCAUGGUGCUGCGCCACCAGGAAGUCUCCCCCUCGCACUUCCUGCUGCUGCGCUGCAUGCCCCGCUUCAACGUGGCCGAGGCCUCUCUCCACGCGGCGGCGCUGGAGAGCCUUCUCUUGCGGCACUCCUUCGACCCGGAUGCUUACUCUCGCGCCGUGAGGGAAACCAGACCAGAGCUGGAGUGUAUGACGGAGGAGUGCGUGAGCCCGCGGCGGUCGCGCAUGUGUGUGUCGGGUCAGGACUCGUUAGCGCCAGCACUGCAGCGCCUCUCCAUGUGCGGGUACGGGGGCGGGGUUUCAGACAGCCUAUCGCAGCGCUGCAGGGACUCUCUCGGGGAGCGGUUGGGGGAGGGGCCAGGUGAGGAGCGGGAGUAUAUGACUCCCGAGUGGACUGAUGCAGAAAUGAGGACCAGUGAGGAAAUCCCUUAUGAGGAACUUUGGACCAAUCAGAACCCAGAGAGCUUGGGGAAGGAGCCGAACCUCAUCUCCUUCCACUCGUCUUCUUCUUUAGAUGGCACACUUGGUACCGUGCUAACAAGAGUGUCCACGCCGCCACCCGUACCUCCAAAAUCUGAUGCUGUGAGAGAGGAGUGUCGCUACUUGAUCGCCCCUCCUGUUCCCCCUCGCUGCUCUAAAGGAGGCUCCAUCUCCAGCCCAGCCCCCAGCCCUCCUGUCCCACCUCGCUUCCCCAAAGCCUCCACCUCCCCAAGACCCAACCUCUCCUUCUACUCCUCGGGACUUCAGGACAGCUGCUCGCCCUCUCCGGAUGCGUCCCUCUACUGUUACCCGUGCUCCUGGGCCGACUGCCCCGCCCCAAACCCCGCCAGUCCCGAGCCCAUCUCUGCUCUCCCUGCAGACAGCACAGCCAACCCACAGCCGGCACAGGCGGCCUGGGCGGAGCCGUGGGUGGACUCUUUUACCUCCUCUGGACCUCGACUGAGGCCGCCUCCGCAGAGCCGGUUCGCUCCCUUCGGGGCGUUAAACCCCUUCAACCGCCAGUCCCCCUGCCCCUCACCUGAGCCCACCGCCAACCCAACAACAGAUUCUUCCAGAGGCGCAGAAGGGGGUGGGACAUCCACAGGAAUAACUGAGGGCCUGUCCGCGCCCCCUGAUCCCACCUGGCGUCCUCCUUCUGACCUCUCUGUGCUGUCACUGGAGGAAGUGUCCGCCUGCCUUCGCUUCAUCGGCCUUUCAGAGGCAGCAGUGGGCGUGUUCCAGAGGGAGCGGAUCGAUGGCAGCCUCCUGGUGCAGCUAACCGAGGACAUCCUGUCACAGGACUUCCACCUGAGCCGACUCCAUGUCACUAAGAUCUCACAGUUCAUACAGGGCUGGAGGCCGAAGAUUUAAAACACACACACACACACACACACACACACACACACACACACACACACUGUCCUGAAAAUGUGCCUGUUGGCUGCUGAGCCGUCCUGAAUGUGCCUUCCACUGUGACCAAGCGACUGCUGAGCCCCUGUGACUCAAGCUGACACUUUGCUGAAGGAAACAACGCCACCCUGUGGUCAAAAAACCUUGAAUAUUGGCUUCACACCACAAGUUUAUAAAAAAGACUGUUUGAAUCACACACUGGGACUACUAGGUUUACUAACAAAUGGCUAAAACAGAAUGUUAUAUGUUGAAAGUUUUCUAUUUAAAUUUGUUUUUCGGGGCAGGAAGUCAAGAAUUAGUUCAUCCUCACGCUUCAGCUGGAAGUUUAAGCUCCACAUGGAUUAGUGCGGCCUUCAGCACAUGAAAUCUGAUACGAGGGAAAACAUGCCUUCAGUUUUAAUAAAGAAUUUCUGAAGCUGUA